GUCUGUUUUAAAGAAGAAGACAUGGCGUCACGACUCUUCAUAAACAGUUGCAGGUGAAGAUAUGAAGAUAUAACCUCAGACAUGUUUUUGGUCUGAUUGAGCGUUGAGAUGGAAACUAUGGCUGUGAAUCUGCUGGCCACCUCUCCGUCCACCACUACGCUCUCUCCGUCUCCCUGUGUGGAGGACCCUGGUUUCCCCUUGUCCUCUCUGGACAGCGAGGACUAUGUGUUUGUGGAAGCGCGGCAUCCCAACAAAGUGCUGGAAGGCUUGAACAGCUUACGGCUCAAUAAUGCUUUCUGUGAUGUGACUCUGUGCUGCGGAGGGCAGGAGUUUCCCUGCCACCGUAUUGUGCUGGCCUCCUUCAGCUCUUAUUUUCAGGCCAUGUUCUCCACCGACCUGAUGGAGUCUCGUCAGGAGCGGGUGGCCAUCAACGGAGUGGAGCCCCAGAUGAUUGGCAUGCUGGUGAGCUACGCCUACACGGCGGAGGUGGUGAUCUCCAAGGCUAACGUGCAGGCGCUCCUGGCGGCCGCCAACCUGCUGGACGUGAUGGCGGUGCGGGAGGCCUGCUGCAGGUUUAUGGAGCGCCAGAUGGACGAGAUGAACUGCGUGGGCAUUCACUGCUUCGCCGAGGCGCACUCGUGCCGAGAGCUGGAGCAACGCAGCAUGGAAUACAUCCAGCAGCACUUCAGCACCGUUUGCCAACAGGAGGAGUUUCUGUCUCUUUGUGCCGAUAAACUGACUGAGAUUAUUUCCAGUGACCAUCUGAACGUGCCAAAAGAAGAGACGGUGUUUGAGGCGGCCGUUGUGUGGCUGGAGAAGAACCCCUCACGCAGACAGAGCUUUGAGAAGGAGGAGUUUCUGUCUCUUUGUGCCGAUAAACUGACUGAGAUUAUUUCCAGUGACCAUCUGAACGUGCCAAAAGAAGAGACGGUGUUUGAGGCGGCCGUUGUGUGGCUGGAGAAGAACCCCUCACGCAGACAGAGCUUUGAGAAGGCCAGCUGCAUGCUGUAUUUGGCUGGUGGUGAAUUUCCAGACGGCUCGGCCAGUAGAGAGAUGUGGCGCUACGACCCAUGUUUUGACUCCUGGUCAGAGAUGGCACCCAUGAACGUGGCGCGAUCAGAAUUAGGGUUGGUGAUGCUGGAUGGAUAUGUGUUCGCUGUGGGCGGCUGGGAAGGCCGUUCUCGCCUGGACUCUGUUGAGUGUUAUAAUCCACAGACAAACACGUGGCAGUUUAUGGAAUCGGUCAAGAUGGCGGUCACCAGUCCGGCUGUGGUGGCGCUGGAUGGAUUACUCUAUGUGACAGGAGGUGCUGUUUUAGAAGAUGGUGAUGGCACAAACUUGGCGCAAGCGUACAACCCUAAAACAUGCGUGUGGACCGAGGUGGCGCCCAUGCAGAUCGCCCGCUCUGGAUCUGCUGCCUGCAUCCUGAAGGGCAAGAUCUACGUCAUAGGCGGCUGGCACGCUUCCACCGAGAACACGGAUAAGGUGGAGAGCUACGACCCCAAGACCAACAAGUGGACCAUGUGUGCUCCCAUGAAGGAGAGACGCUAUCGACCCGGCGUAGCGGUGGUGGAUGGAAAGAUUUACGUUUUAGGAGGAGAGGAGGGAUGGGACAGGUAUCAUGACACUAUCGAGCGGUACUGUGAGGAGUCGGACAGCUGGGAGAUCGUGGGAGAAAUGCCCACCAGCCGCAGCUGGCUGAGUUGCGUCUCGCUGCAGCUCCGGAAGGACUCUCACGUGGGCAGCCGUCCCGGCACUGCCUUGGAGACGGAGUUUCCUGUGGACUGAGAGCACCGGGGCUCCACCCGCAUUACUGUCGGCCCCGGGACACGAGGCCAGGGGGCAGCUUUCAGAGCACCCCGCCCCACGAGAGUUAUUUUAAGGAACGGAAAAUGUCCGACCCAGACGCUGGAGGGUCUUCAGAAAAUAUUUGUGUCAUAUGCUUUCUCCAGUGCAACCCUCUGCCACGGUGUGAAGCUGGAUGGAUUGAUGAUAUCUGUGGUGAUUGUAAGUCUGUGUGUGUGUGUGUGUGUGUGUGUGUGUGAGAGCCGCCAUCCCAGAGUCUCCACAGUAUCAGUUCAAUGUGAUGUUCAAGUGACGUACAGGGUUGCUUCCAUGCGCUGACUUAUACAAGUACUUGUUUGUUUUCGAACAGUGUUGAAGUGAAAUGUUUUGUACGGUGAUUUUUGUAUUUAUUAGAAGUUUUUUGUUGUAUUUAGAGAUUUAUGGAGUAACUAGCACAGAUACACUGAAACGUGUUUAAAAAGGAAAGUGCACCCAAAACUGACAAUUCUGUCAUCAUUUACUUGCCUUCAAGUCUUGUAUGAGUUUUUCUUUGGUUGAACACAAAAUGAUGGUAACCAGUUUGUGGUCCCCAUUGGUUUCCAUAGUAUGGAGAAAAAGACACACAUUAUGGAAGUCAAUGGGGACCAGAAACUGUUUGGUUA